AUGGCAGAAGCAUUUAUAGGUCUGGAUGUUCAUGUGGUACUUGGUGACAACUCUUGGGUAGAGGGAACCGUUUCACAUAUCAACGAGGAUACUCAGUUAUUAACCCUGAAAAAUGUUACUUAUAAUUUGAAUGGUCAUACAAUUCAGCAAGCAAUCUAUGGCGUUGCUGGAGCAGAUAUCAAAGAUCUAUCUAUCCUCCCAACAACAGCGACAUCGAAACCACCACCAUCACAAAUAUCUGCACAAACUUCUGAAUUUAGAAACUCUGCUGAAAACAAAAAACUUAGCAACGGUGUGGCAAUCACGCAAAUUAAUAAUUCAAACCCUUUCACGUCUCAGAAUAAUGGGCAAUCAAGCAAAACGUUACCAAGAUCACCGUUUUCAGAUCCAGCCAUUAUAUCGUUUUCUCAUCUACCCACCAAAUCAACAAAUAACAAUUCAUCAAUUCCGUAUGUCCAACAACCAAGGUCAUCUCCAACAUAUCUCUCGCAAUUAUUAUUAUCAAAGGGCGGGCAACGGUCAAAUGAAAUACUACCAGACAAUAAUUAUGACGUUGUUCAAUCUGUAAAGACAGGAUCAACAGGUGAUAGUGAAUCCAAACCGGAUGAAGAAGAUGAGCGAGAUAGUCCAAAACAGUAUAUAAACUCCAAGCAACAUUUAUCAAAUGGAAAUGGAAUAGAGUCGAGUGGAUUUGAGUCUGAUGGGACGAUGCAUAAUCAUAAAAGAGCCUCAAAAAAAAAGCAAUCUAAUAAUGUAAAUGGCUAUUAUAAUUCACGCGGAUCACCAGCUCGAAGGAAUGGACGUCGUCGUCGUCAGCAGAUUCAACAUGAAUGGGCAGGAGAAGACGUAAACGAAUUUAAAUCGGAAGAAUUUGAUUUCCAGGGCAAUUUGAACUUAUUUGACAAAGAAAAAGUUUUUGCUGAAAUUAGAGAAUUAGAUUCUACUGCUCCAGAGAACCUUUUAGUAAAUAUUAAUCGGAAUCCAAAUUACAAUAAUCGUAAUGGUCGCUAUCCGGUACAAGCGCAACAACAGAGACUCGCAUCACACGAGAAUGUACUUGAGCCUUCGAAUCGUAAAACCAGUUUUUAUCAUACUGACGAAGAGGAUGAAACCGCCAAUGAUGGCGAGGUAGAUUCUGAUGACUCUUGGAGGAAAAAAAAUAAUAUAAAUGGCACUGGAUCUCAUAGAAAUGUACGGAUAAGGACACUUACCGGUGUUUUAUGCCCAACUGUCCAACCCGCGCAGAUGGUUGAGGUAGAAAGAAUAGCAACAACUGAAACAGGCCCAAAUGAAGACCAAAUGAUUGAAAAUGCUGGGCGUAGCACUUCUAUGAUGUGCCUGCAGGCACUAGGUGGUUCUCGACGUAUACAACCACAAAAUCAUAAUGCUGCCCCUCUCGUAGUGAUACUUGCUGGAAAUAACAAAACUGGAGCAUAUGGUCUUGCAGCCGCACGGCAUUUAGCAAAUCAUGGUUGUCAUGUCAUCACUUGUGUAGUUGGAAAAGAAAGAGAUUUACUUAAGAGCAUCACGUAUCAACAAAAAAUAAUGUUGCCGACUGGAGGAAAAAUAGUGAAAAGUGUAGCAGAACUUCCGCAUCAAUUUACAAAUCCCGUUGACUUAAUUGUGGAUGCUUUGCUUGGCUAUCAAUUCACACUUCGUGAUAUUUCAGAAGAACAUGAAAGACGAUUAAUUUGCGAUUUGAUGGAAUGGGCAAAUGUCAAUAAAGCUCCUGUAUUAAGUUUAGAUAUGCCGAGUGGUGUCAAUGGGAAUACUGGUAAUCCUGGCAAUACGGCACAUUACAUUCAUCCAAAAUGGACACUUUGUCUUGGUGCCCCAAAAACUGGUUGCAAGUCGCGUUCAGUGACCGGCGAGCUUUUUCUAGCUGAUAUUGGCAUUCCACGUAUCUGUUGGAAGAAAAUCAGUGUGAAAGGCUGGGGCAUGCCUUGGGGCAGCGAGUAUCUAAUCGGUCUGGAAAGUAACACAUUAUACGCGAUUCAAUUGCGCAAGGCAGAAGUAGAAAUCUCACGUCUCUCAAUCGAAAAUAUCGAGUUGAGAGCAACGAUCGCGCAUUUGAAUGACCAAAUUGAUAGAUUACAGUGCGAUAAAAGGAAUCCUGCCAAAAGUGAUCAAAUAGCGGAUAUUAUCAAUCAACUUCAAUUAAUUUCCAAAGAUAUCAUCAACGAGGGAUCUUGUGCUAACUCAAUAGCUUAUCAAUGCAUAACUCCGGCGGAAUUAGACUUAUGGGCUGAAAAGAUACCAGAUAGAAGAAAACCAGUUAAUCUCCUGAAACAAUAUCGUAUGAUAACGAAUAAAUUAUCAACAAUUGAAGAUGAACCAGAGGAAACUUCUUUCGAGAAGGAGGAUCCCAUAGUAAAUAUAGAUUCUUUAAAUUAUCAUGUCAAUACUCUUGGCGAUGAAUCUCGAGCAUUUCAACGUGAUUCAAUAAUACCACGAAAUACUUUGCGAUCUCGACGCGAAUUUUCACCUCUAUUUACUCAUAACGAGAUGAAUUCUUCCUCUCAGAUCAAUUUAAAUACACCCGUUCAGUAUCCUCGACAAUUCGAAUCUGAUACCCCACCUCUCCAGCAUCGUUUAUCAUCAAUUCAACAAGUCCAACAAUUCCAAGAUCCUGCUCGUCGUCACCAAUCAUUGCAUUAUCAAGUUGAUUCCCCCGAAUUGACUGAAUUGAUGUCGAUAGAAUCUAAUAAUUCACCCUCUUUAUUUUCUCAAUCAGAUUCAGAGUCUAAUAAUAUAAAUAUGACAAAGAAACCCCUAACAACAACCGCUACCAAUUCAUAUAUAAGACAAGGGUCAAUAAUUAAUGGUGUCAGCAAUAUUAGCGUCAAUAACAAUUCAAUAAGAAAAUCUACGGAAUCACCAGAAGAUUCGCGUAGCACGACAAAAAAGACUGAGGGAAAAUCAAAGCCAACGGAUUCAAACAUCAGGUCAUCUGUAUCAGUUAGCGACGAUGAACCAAUUCGUUCGAGAAGAAAAACACAAGUCAGUUAUGCUGAACCUAGUCUUCGCAGGUAA